UCUUCAUCGACAACGACGCUGACGUCGUCUGGGACACAUAAGCGACGGCGAUAGCAAGAUAGAUAUACAGCGGCGAGAAGACCGAUCAACGCACGCCCAACUCGAUCUCCGCAACACCCUACUCCACCCUCCCCCCGUCCGCACCAUGGACUCGGAUGCCCCCUCGUCCACCGGCUCCCAGGGCCCGUCCAAACCCAAGGUCAAUUGGAAGAACGGCCCACCAAGCUGCAAGGAGUGUGUGCGACUCAAGCUCAAGUGUUCGCGCUCAUGGCCGUGCACCAGCUGUGUGCGCCGAGGAUGUGAGAAGAUCUGCCCCCUGGGCACGCUUCCUGGGCGCCAACCAAAGGCACAGGCGACGAUCCUCCAGCUGCAGAAGGAAAACCGCGAGCUCAAGGCCCGCGUCGCGCGACUCGAGGGCAAACCCCUCAGCGCUAUCGAGAUGAGCGAGCAGACGAGCCCCUCAUCGGAUCGGCUUGACUCGGAAGCCGGCCCAUCGCGCGCUAGCCUCCAAUCCGGCGGUAUCGGAGAGUACACUCCAUUUUCGGCAGUCUCCCCAGAGCCCGAUCACGCUCCGCCCAACCUCGAUGCCCGCGACGACACCAUGCUCGAUACUACCGCCGUCCCAACGGCGGGCAUCAUGGAGUCGGGCAGGGACGGCACAAAGUACCUCGGCCGUGGCGCUGGCACCCUGUUUGUCAUUGAGGACGAUGAGCCAACACCAUCUUCGCUCGUGUUCCCGUUCAUGUCAUCUGACCGCGCGGCGCUGGCCAAUGUGCAUGAGCUGUUUCCUACGGUCGAUGAAGCGUACAGGUUACUCGAUGUUUAUGAACGCGAGGUCGAGUGGAUGUACCGGCCACUGGACCGCCUCGCUGUGCGCGAAGCGCUCCAGUCAAUCUACAGCGGCGGAUCGAUCAGCGAGCGUAUCCACCAUGUCCCACCACACCGCCUGGCGACCGUCUUGAUGGUGUUCGCCCUGGCGAUCACCUUCACAAACGGGCCAAUGUCCCAGUCAAUGCCGUUCUUCAACGCCGCUUCGGCGCUGCUCUGCGUGCCCGAACGUCAUUUCAUGGUACGCCAUACCCUCUCCUCGGUCGAGACGCUUCACAUGAUGGUCUCGUACCUCUUGACACUCGGCAACGCACUCUCGGCGAAGGCCGCGUGGCCGCUCAUCGGCCUGUGCGUGCGCAUCGCCUGUGCCAUCGGCCUGCAUCGCGACCCGUCGUCGUGGGGCCUGUCGCCCAAGCAGGAGGAGGAUCGCGCACGUCUGUGGUGGGAGUGCGUCACGUACGACAUGUUCCUCGGCCUCAACUAUGGCCGCCCGUACGCCACCCCCGCUCAGCUCAUCAACGUGUCUCCGCCUCCGUAUCCCGCCGAUGGCGGAGUCACACCAUCAGACUCGGUUUUCCACGCCUUCAAGUACAGACUCGCCCAGUCGUUCUUCCGCAUCGCCGACUACCUCGGCAGCCCAGAAUUGCCCGACUACUCGGUGGUGGUGACGCUCGACUCUGAGCUCCGUCGAGUGGAGGCACAGGCACCAAACUGGCUCAAGUGGUCUGACUUUUACGACCCGGCAACGAUGAAGUUGUCACCGACGUAUAUCACGCAGCAGCACUCGGCCACCAUGUUUUAUCACAAGGGCCUGCUCGUGCUCCACCGCCCAUGGUUCUUCAAGGCUGUCCAGAGCGGGUCCGAGCCACUGCUGGGCUCGUACGCGGCGUCGUUCACCACGUGUGUAACAUCAGCUCGCAAGCACACUCGCCUAAUGGCCUCGCUGCUUCGCUGCUGCCCACAGGCAGCGUACGGCUGGUGGUACUUUAUCUUCCACGCCUUCACGGCCGCCAUCAUCCAGUACACUGUCCUCCGCCGCGUGCCGCAAAGCAUGAUGGCCGACGAAGUGCGCGCCGACUUUGACGCGUCGUUUGACAUCAUCAAGCAAAUGUCAGAGCACUCUGGCACGGCUCGGCGAGCGCUCCCCGUGCUCGCUCGCCUCCACGACAGGCUUAAGGACUCGUCGAAUCCCACUCCCACGUCGACGUCUGGGGGCGACAUUGGGGACCGUGCGCUGUAUGAGAUGUUCUUGGGCUCAGCGGCCCCCAACCCCGCCCCGGACAUGAGCCAGGAGCUCUCGUGGGGCCAGCAGAUGGACCCGAAUGGCGUUUCCAUGUACAACCCACCCGCCCCGGGCUACGACACUACGAGCAUGAUGCUUGGGUUUGAACAGCCAGCAAUCCAGCCUACCAACCAGGACCAGAUGUCUAUUACAGACCCACUGAUUCAGACUUUGCUGUACUGGAACGCCAUUGCGAACCCAGAGGCUCCGCAGGGUAUCCCUGUGCCCCAGGUGUAAGGCGCAUGAGCUCGGCGUGAGCUCGGUGGCGAGUUCGGUGGCUCGGGCGACAGGGUCCGAGUGGUGAGGAACGGUGACGGCCUGGUGAGGCACUUCCGGCACGGGUCGGCACGCGCGGAUGGCAUCACCAAAUGACUCAGUGACAGCCGCACAUGGAGAAGUGGAAAACUCGAAUGCGAGACUCGUGGCGUGAUUCGUCAAGACGUCCGACUAGACUACCUUGUACUGUCCGAGAGAUGUUGUACUGCCCGGUGCCUGCAGCAGCUGAGUAACUCUUGUGUUCCUUGUAAGGGCAUGGAAGGUCGACUUUG